AUGCAAAACUGCACAGCACGCAAUGGACACCGCAUCGCACCUCAGCGUGAUCGUAGACUUGUCACCAACGAGUCCCAGCUGGGCAAACGAGCGUCGCUGAUAUUCAUAGACAGUUCGGAGAUCAUUUAUACUCGACGGUACGACGCAGCAGUACAUACCAAGCUACGUGAUCAGGAAGGUCAAGGAACGUCUCAGUUCUUAGAUGCGCAACGGAUACACAACCUCUACCUUCAAGGGCUCCAUUCCCUAGGGCGCGCUAACGCGGACCACACAAUCCUGCUGUUAAACACGUACACGAAGCUGAAGGACGUCGCGCGUCUGGACAGCUUCAUUAAGCGGAAGUCGUCGUGCGCGACAGACGAGCUUCCGUUCGACCUUGACAAUUCGAUCCGUGUUUGCAGGCAGGAUAUUUCGAGCAUGCUUCGGCUCGGGAACUACAAGGAUGCAUUGGUGUACCUCGGGCGAUUCGGUGCCGAGGCAGUAGGCAGAAGCAAAUCUGGCUCGUUAUGGCCGAGCUAUGCUGACAAUCUCCCUGAACUUCUCAUCGACUUCUGUGCGAGUCUCGCACCGUCGCCCUUCGAAGACGAAGGCGAGAUCAAGGGUCCAACGCGACAAGCAAGAGGCGGCGGCCCAUCAUCCUUUUCCUAUAUUGUGUUGGACAAGUCGUCUACACCAGCUCCAGCAAUGCCCACGGACGGGGCGGCACCUUCGUCCGCGCCGAGUAUGACCGCCAGACCCGGUGGACGGGCGCGCCGAGACUCGGUGCAGGAUGUGUCAAGAACGGCCACUUCUUCCCCGGCUACCCUAACAAACCCGUCUCUAACAAAGGCGAGAGGUCAGACCGUCGAUCCGUCCGCACCACACGCUGUGGUUGAGAAUGACCCGAAUGCGGAUGAGGAAGCAGAGAAGUGGGACCAGAUCGCAGUGGAAUACCCUGCUGGAGCUUUCCCUCAUCCAGGAUGGCGCAUCACCGGAGCAGAUUGGCUUGCCGACGCCCAACAAGGUUAUGCGCGUCUUGCAGAGCGACAAUAUCUUACGCAUGCAUUGGUUCUAUGUUCCACGCGCUCCUUCACGCAGGGCUUGAUACUUCUCUGGGAGCGCUCGAGGAUGUACGAGGGCAUCCUGCGCUUCUGGAUGGGUGCCUAUCGUGCGAAAACACACCCUGAUGCGCCCGCCGAGGUCGUCCGUGCGCUGAAUAAGUACGGUGACGGUAAGCCCAGACUAAACCCGCUCAUGCUGAAGUUCUUGACGUCAACACCGCAAUUAUUAUCGCGGCAUGCUGAGGACUUGCAAAAUAUUCUCAGGGUCGUCGACGAGCAAGGAAUCAUGCAGCCGCUGAGCGUCGUGCAAGUCCUGAGCAGGAACGGUGUCACGAGCGUUGGCUUGGUGAGACAAUGGUUGAUGACGAGGGUCAGGCAAGCUCAGCAGGAAGUUGAAACUGAUCAACAAGUCAUCGACUCAUACUUCAACGAGACGCGGGAGAAGCUGCGCCAGGUAGAAGACUUGUCAGACCCUGAUCAGCCCAAGGAAGAAUAUCACGUCGCGCAUGUGGUCUUCCAGCUCGUGGACCUUGACCAGUGCUGCGGCCUUCUCCCGUUCCGCCUGCUCUGCAUGCGAGAGUUCAAUCUGUACAAUGGCGUUGUUUUCCAGUCCCAUAGAGAGCACAUCGGACGAUACUGCGAGUAA